CAUGGUGGAAUUGUUGAGUUUGCUGAACGUACCCAAUCUUCAAUUCGCAAUCCUCAAUCUCCAAUGCGUUGAUCUUUCUACACUGAUGUUGGCGACCCUGUCUCAACGGAAGCGAACCAAGCAGCGCGAACGAACAGCGAGACGCGUCUAGAUACGGAGUAGAGUAUACGUACUGCUAGGCUUUCUGUUGUGCGUGAAUGAAUGAUGUUAUACGGCGCAGAGAGGUGAGCGACCGACACGGAGAAUCAUUGUCGACGAGCGGCGGUGUGUGGCGAUCAGUGGUGCUAGUGAUGUGCCAAUAAUUAGCGUUCGCGGCCCCGAUGGACGUCCCGCGCUCAUAGAAGCAGCCGCCGCCGACGCUACGCCGAUCAGCGUACUCUCGUCUCGAUCACUGAAGGUAUCAGAGAACACAACAUAGCAAAAUGAGUACAACCAUAGAGAAUGGGGCUGGGGACAGCGGCCCGAAGCAGAAAACCAUUGAAGGCAUCUACCAGAAGAAGUCUCAGUUGGAACAUAUUUUGUUGCGUCCAGACACUUACAUUGGUUCUGUGGAACCAGUGAUAGAGAUGAUGUGGAUCUUUGACAAGGAGAAGGACAUGAUGGUGCAGAAGGAUAUCAAGUAUGUUCCUGGAUUGUAUAAAAUUUUUGAUGAAAUCCUGGUGAAUGCUGCUGAUAACAAACAACGUGAUCCCAAGAUGGAUAUGAUCAAAAUUGACAUCGAUUCUGAGAAUAAUACAAUUUCUGUAUGGAAUAAUGGCAAAGGUAUCCCUGUUGUGGUACACAAGGAGGAAAACAUGUAUGUACCUACCAUGAUAUUUGGUCAUCUCUUAACAUCAUCAAACUAUGAUGAUGAAGAAGAGAAAGUGACUGGUGGGCGAAAUGGUUAUGGCGCCAAAUUGUGUAAUAUCUUUAGCCAUCGUUUUACUGUCGAAACUGCGACAAAAGAAUAUAAGAAAUCUUUGAAGCAAACGUGGGGUAAUAACAUGGGGAAAGCCAGCGAGCCCAGGAUUAAGGAAUACCACGGCGAAGAUUUUACUAAGGUCACAUUUUCCCCAGAUCUAUCGAAGUUUAAGAUGCAAUCGCUAGACGAAGAUAUCGUAGCUCUUAUGUCCCGCAGAGCGUACGAUGUAGCAGCAUCUUCAAAAGGGGUCAAAGUUUAUCUGAACGGCACUCGAGUCCCAGUGAAGAAUUUUAAGGAUUACGUUGACUUUUAUAUUAAGGGCAAGGAGGAUGACGUUGGUAAUCCACUAAAAAUUAUAUAUGAGAAUUGCAGUCCACGUUGGGAGGUGGCUAUUACUUUAUCCGACAAAGGAUUCCAACAAAUGUCGUUUGUAAACAGUAUCGCUACAACGAAGGGUGGUAGACACGUCGAUCAUGUAACGGAGCUAAUAGUGAAACAGUUGAUCGAGACACUGAAGAAGAAGAACAAAGCCGGCGUGGCCAUCAAACCGUUUCAAAUCAAGAAUCAUUUGUGGAUCUUCAUUAAUUGUCUCAUCAACAAUCCUACAUUUGAUUCGCAAACUAAAGAGAACAUGACUUUGCAGGCGAAAAGCUUUGGCUCCAAGUGCACACUCACUGAUAAGUUUAUCGCCUCUGUCACUAAAAUCGGUAUUGUGGAAGCAGUGCUGUCCUGGGCAAAAUUCAAAGCUGACAGCCAGCUUCAGAAGCUAGGUCCUAAAUCAAAACAAAGAAAACUUCAAGGUAUCCCCAAGUUGGAAGACGCCAACGAUGCAGGAACUGGCAAAUCAUUGGAGUGCACCCUCAUAUUAACUGAGGGAGAUUCAGCCAAAACAAUGGCUGUAUCUGGUAUCGCUUCUAUAGGCAGAGACAAAUAUGGCAUAUUUCCAUUGAGAGGUAAAAUGUUAAACGUGAGGGAAGCUACGCACAAACAAAUCCUAGAGAAUGCUGAGAUUAAUAAUUUGAUAAAGAUUCUCGGCCUUCAAUAUAAGAAGAAAUAUGAGACUCGAGAAGAUUUGAAGACACUACGCUAUGGAAAGAUGAUGAUUAUGACUGAUCAGGAUCAGGACGGCUCGCAUAUCAAAGGUCUCCUGAUUAAUUUUAUUCACCAUAACUGGCCGUCGUUAUUGAAACUAAAUUUCAUUGAAGAGUUCAUUACGCCUAUCGUAAAGGCCACGAAGGGCAGUCAGCAACUGUCAUUCUUCUCACUACCGGAAUUCGAAAUGUGGAAGAAGGAAACGGAGAACUUUCAUACGUACAAAAUCAAAUACUACAAAGGUUUGGGUACUUCCACUGCCAAAGAGGCAAAAGAGUACUUCGAAAAUAUGGCGAGACAUCGAAUACGUUUCCGGUACGAUGGCGAACAGGACGAUCAGAAUAUCAUUAUGGCGUUUAGCAAGAAAUGCGUAGACCAACGUAAGGACUGGCUGAUGAAUCACAUGAAUGAGACAAAGAGGCGAAAGGAAAUCGGUCUCGGCGAACGUUAUCUCUAUGAGAAAGACACGCGCGCUGUUUCCUUCUCAGACUUCAUUAAUGUUGAGCUGGUGUUGUACAGCAAUUACGACAAUGUGAGGUCCAUUCCGAACAUGAUCGACGGCUUCAAACCGGGUCAGAGGAAGGUGAUGUUCACUUGCUUGAAGCGCAAUGACAAACGCGAAGUGAAAGUAGCGCAAUUGGCGGGUUCAGUUGCUGAGCACUCGGCAUAUCAUCAUGGUGAGACGUCCCUGAUGGCAACUAUAAUCAAUCUUGCGCAGAACUUUGUCGGCAGCAACAACAUUAAUCUACUGCAGCCCAUCGGUCAGUUCGGCACAAGACUGGCCGGAGGAAAAGACGCUGCCAGUCCGAGAUACAUUUUUACCAUGCUCAGUCCAUUGGCGAGGUAUAUAUUCCACAAACACGAUGAUGCGCUUUUGAGGCACGAGUAUGACGAUAAUCAAAAGAUCGAACCUGUCUUUUACAUACCUGUGAUUCCUAUGGUGUUGGUAAACGGAGCUGACGGUAUCGGCACUGGGUGGAUGACAAAGAUUCCGAAUUAUAAUCCGCGUGAAAUCAUCGAGAAUUUGCAGAGAAUGAUGGAGGGUAUCGAUCCGAAGCCUAUGACGCCGUAUUACAAAAAUUUCAAAGGCGUUGUGGAGAGUUGUGGAGACUAUCGUUAUGUCAUAAGCGGAGAGAUAUCGGUGAUAGGACCGGACAAGUUGGAGAUCACCGAGCUUCCCAUCGGAACGUGGACACAAACUUACAAAGAGACCGUGUUAGAGCCCAUGUUGCAUGGAUCCGACAAAACGCCUGCCCUUAUUACGGACUACAAGGAAUAUAACACAGACACAGCGGUGCACUUUAUAGUGAUAUUGAACCGUGACAAAUUGUUGGAGCUGGAGAGAGAUGGUCUUCAUAAGACAUUCAAGAUUCAAACAACGAUGACAAUAACAUCUAUGUGCGCAUUCGACGAGAACCAAUGCCUAAAUAAGUACGACAGCGUGAUGCAAAUACUGAAGGGAUUCUACAAAGUACGAAUGGACAUGUAUAAUAAGAGGAAAGAUUAUCUGGAGGGAGUUUUACAAGCAGAGGCGGCGAAGUUGUCAAAUCAGGCACGCUUUAUCUUGGAGAAGUGUGACGGCACCUUGGUGAUUGAAAAUAAAAAGAAGAAGGACAUGAUUGCGGAAUUAAUCAGGCGCAAUUACGAGUCAGACCCAGUGGUGGCGUGGAAAUUGUCACAAAACAGGGAGCAAGUAUUGGAGGAUCAAGAAGAAGUCGCGGAGAAUGAUGAUGAAAGUGGUGUGACCGCGACCGCGACCACGAUGGAAAAAGAAAAUUUCGAUUAUCUUCUCGGAAUGACGAUGUGGAGUUUGACGAAGGAGAAGAAGGACGAUUUGCUGCGACAACGGGACGAGAAAGUAGCAGAGCUAAAGAGACUACAAGCUCGCACGCCAGUUUCUUUGUGGAAAGAGGAUUUGGACAAUUUGUUGAGCGAAUUAAAUAAGCUGGAAGAGAAAGAACGAAAGGAAGAAAACAAAUCGAAGCAAGCUGUCAAGAAGCCACCCUCAAAAUUCUAUAAGAUGGAAGACACACGUCGCAUAGUUCCCGUCAUUGACGUUGAGCUGAAAAAGAAGAUCGAAAAGGCCGAUAUCGUAUCGAAGGACAAGAAAGAAGGUAUAAAGAAGCCGCGGGUGAAGAAGGAACAAAUCACGUCGGAGGAUAAGGAUGAUUUUGAUGCCUUAGUCGAAUCCAAUAUGAAAUCACUCGACGACAGGCUUGGAACUUCUCCGGAGAAGAUGGAGAAGAAGAUCGGAAAGAAAGGGAUGAAGCAGACAACGUUGUCGUUUAAGCCAAUCAAGAAAGAGGGCAAGAAAAAGGAUAAAGAUUCAGACGACAGUGACAAUAUUGAUUUCGGCAGUAUUUCACCACCUCCGCCACGUACGUCUCGCAGAUCCGCAGUGAAGAAGAAUUAUACCAUGAGCAGUGAGGAUUCGGACGACAGUCUCGAGAUGUUCAGUCCUUCCGAUUCCGAUCAAGCAAGUAAACCAAAAGCUAUAGUUCUGAGCGAUUCGGAUGACAAUUUCAAACCUACUAAAAAACCACCCCAACCAACACCAAGUUCAGAGGAGCUCUUUGAUUCGUUGGUCGGCAAUUCUUCUUUAGAGAAGCAAGCGAAACCCGUGAUAUCCUCAUCCGGGGAAGACUCGCCUGCAAAGUUCACGCCGCCUAAAAAAGCACCCGCGAAGAAGAAGGCUGAGAACGGCGGUGGUAAAGCAACGAAGAGACAAGUGAAGAAGAAAUCAAAAUCAUCGGACUCCGAUAAUGACGAUAUAUUCUCCUCUAAACAGCCGAAGAAGAAGAAGAAGAAAUCGGAUUCCGAGGAUGACACUAUGACCGACGAUUCGCCGUUGCCGCCACCUCGAAAGACCGCUGGUCGGGUGCGCAAGCCGGUGUCCUAUGCGUUGAAAUCCGACGACGAGGAUUCCGAUUAAACUUUUGUCGUGCUGUGAAAGUCCCAGAGACGGUGCAAUUAGCUUAAAGUGGUGGAUCCGAAACCAAGAUUGAAACCUCUCGCGAGUGGUUCCUUUAAAAAGCAAUUUGCGAGUAUAUGUUUUGAAGAAAUGUUUUGGAAAAACUUUCUCUCUUGUGACGGUCACGAAGUUAAUUAGUACUUUUAAGCGGAGCGCACAGGAUCGUCGUACAGGAUCUGCCAAACACGUUUUUAGGGAAAGUUUCCGUAUCUUGUAUUUCGGGCGAAAAGAAAAAAAUAAAACAGAAAAGUAGCCGUAUGAACGUAGAUCCGUGCGAUAAUAAUUUCGGAUCCGCGCGUUCGUGUACAACGUUUCUACUUUUUACUCCAGUAAUAAUUGCGAUUCGCUCGAGUGAACACAACACUCGAACUCGCGGUGUAUUCUUCAAAUACACCGAACCCUCUUGUACAUAAAUGUGUAUCGCUCGAGCGUGCGUGUAGCGUUGUGGAAUAUUGCGUAAAACUAUAAACACCGUGGACGGUGCUGUUUGAUGUGUACCGGGUGUGCUCAGAAUACUCCAGUCCUCGUUGCGCGAGUAGAUCAAAGUGUUCUCUAAUAUUAUAAAGAAAUGAGAAAAAAGAAAAAAAAACUUGUGAAUUUCGCAAAGAGAUUAUCAAUCUUAAGUUGUCGUAUCGGUCAUUUGAUUAGAAACUUUCAGUGCAUUCGCGAUUUUCUUCUUUUAUUUUUGUACAUCUUUUGUUUUCUCGUUUUCAAAAAUUUGAAGAGAACGCGGCACGCUCGUGCAUCGUCGCGAAGGGAACAUCCGGCGCCGCCUGCAUUCUUAGAUAGAUUAAUAAUUUAGCACAGCGCAAUGCACAUAAUUAAUUAUUCGGAUUUUAGAUCUCAUUGUCAUCGCACAUGCUCGAAACUCGUACAUACUCGUACAACGCUCGAAACUCGUUUUCAUAGUAUUACAGUCACGCCGCCGGAAUCUCGUUUAUAACCGUCGUUCGCGGUAAAAGAAAGGAGAUGAAAAGAGACCGACGAGAAUAAAAAUACACGCAAAUAAAUCUGGGAAAAAAAGAAACAUUUUAUAAGAAAGAAAUAAGAGAAAAGAAAAAACGAACAAAAUGAAAUACACAAUUUUUAAAUAUAUUUUUACAUACGUCACAAAAUAUGGAUUUUUCUUUGAGGUCGUCUAUAAUAACUAAAGAAAUUACAACGGUAAAUGUCUAUUAUACAUAUAUACACACACAUAGGAUGGAUCUUACCACUAUAUGCGGCGCUCAAUAUUAAUUAAGUUAAGCGAAACAGUCUGACGUUCACUUUUAAGCUUUAUACAAUACUUGACCACACGUGGAAUAAAAUAAUCGGUUCACUUCGUGCUCGUGUUUUAUUGUAGGCAAAGAAAGAAAAAGAAAAACACAAAGGUUUGACUAAAGGUUAGACUAUCAGGCGCUGAGUGAGAGGAGUCGUGUAUGUGAUACUCGGUGCGACGAGCACCAGGGUUCAUAGUUGAAAUUUACAGUCGGGAGAAAGAUCGAGUGAAAACUAAAAUGUGAGAAUCGGAAGCUAGUCGGUUUCCUCGAUGUGACAUCGCACGCUCUUCUACUUCUUUCGUUUUCACGGAAUUCUUUUCCGCGACAGAAAGAACAAAAACGAAAAAAGAAAAAAAGAAAAACACGGAAUCUGAGGAAACUCGUUAACUUUAGCGUGUAUUAUUGGUGUGUUCAUUGAGAAAAUCUCUCGAAAAUUCCGACUGUAUUAUACUAGCACUAGUUCAAUAUAUGCGCGUAGUUUGUCUGUUUCGUAGAAUAAGAACAGAGAAAAUCAUUGUGAUCGCAGUUAGCGACGUUUUUAACAAUAACUUGCUACAUAUUAAGAAGUGAAUUUCCCAAUAUAAUACGGAGCCCGAGUACAUGAAUUUCCAUGAGACACUUCCGACCGACUAAAACCCACGCGUUCUCAGCCUAAUUCUUAUCUACACCACGUAUCUCUUCAGCGAUUUUCAUUUUUAUAUAAUUCACAUACAUAAAUAUACGUAAUAAAAUAUUUUAUCUUUUUAGA